AGCUGUGGCAGCAGCAGGACUCAUCAAGUCGCGGUCACACUUAGCCCGUGGCUCGCCUUACUGACGUCGCCGCGUUGAAUGCUUUUGACAUGUACGGGGUUGGGUGAGUGACUGCGUUGAUUUUUGAUGGGGUCGUUCAAGGUGAUGUCAUAUGUGCAAUCUGACGCUGUGUGCCCCCAUCGCUGGGAUUUUAUAUCAUUUAUAGAUGAGCGAAAUUCGUCUGCGCUUGCAGAUGACGGGAGGGGACGCAACAUACUCUGUUCGUAACCACCAAGGAGUCGUUUGGUGUGCACGAUGGCGUCGCGGUAUGGACGCACCUACAGUCGCAAGCAGCAGAGCCCCGGCGCCCCAUCACGUUUCGACGAGCUCCUGGGGUCCAAGACAUCGCCGGAGGCCGGCGGCUGGCGGGAGCGUGCGCUCGACGCCUUCACGGACGACGAGACCUCCACUCCGUCAGCGGCCACCGCCCUCGCCACCGCCGUGCCGGCGAAGCGUCGCCGCCUCGACUCGGGCGACAGCGACUCGUGCGAGGCGUCCGUAGCGGAGGCCGCGUGCCGCCCCAAGUCCCGGCGUGGCAGAGGCGGAGGGCAGCCCGCCGCCACUGGCGGAGCCGCCGCCUCUGCCGCCGCGGCGGCGGCAACCCCCACCGCAUCGGGCCGCGGCAAAGCGGAGCAGAAACACGAGGCGAAGGUUCCGGGGCGAGGUCGAGGAGCCGGUGUCCAUGCGGCGAAGGCGGCGGCAGCGCCGUGUGGCAGCAAGGCAGAGCGCGGUGGCGCUGGGGGCGGCGUGCAGGCGGCGAAACCGAGCGGAGAGGCGCGGCUCAAGCCUCAGCCCAAAGCCGCGGAGCCAAGCAACGGGGGUACCCAGGGCGCCGGGGACAACCCGGGGGCGAGAAAGAACUCACGAUUCUCCUGCAUGAAAGACAUUUUUGAUAGUGAUGAGGAGAAUGAGAAUCAGAACGGCCUCUUGUCGUGGACUGAUAAGUAUCCGAAAGCCCUGUCAGGCAAGGGAAAGCUGUGGCAUGCAGGAAAGGGCAUUACUGUGGAUGCAAAAAAGGAUGAAAGCCCAAUAGAGAAAGAUAGGCCAGUCGAUGAUGUGGAGAUGACAGAUGAAUUAGCAUUGGAGCCGGACUCUCAGACUGUCACAGAGCAGAAGCCACCUGCCAUCUCUCACGAACGACCGUCGAAGACAUUAGAUCAUACCAAAAAUCAAUUCGAUGCAGCUCGGCAAGAAAAGGACAGUUCGUGCAAUCACGUCAGUGUCGCUGUGAAAUCCACUAACGUUCCGGAACACAAUGCUACAAACAGCACAAGAUGUAAAGUUUCAAAGUUGGAAGCAGAACAGAAUCUCGCUGAUGGUGAAGCAGAAACGAACCUGAGCAGUGAAAGCAAAGGAACUGCCAAAAGGGGAAAAGAGAGUUCCAACACGAGCCAAACUAAUUUGAAAGAACCUCCUGAAAAGCUAUCCAAGAAGCCCCAUGCAGGGGAACUGGUGAAAACUGUGACUAAGGGAACUAAAGGUUCAAAUGACAAAGGGUCCACGGCUGGUAAACGAAAGCCAAAGCCUGACAACUUUGCGCAAGGUGCAAACGCCGACACGGAGAAAGCGCCUGCAGCAUCGAGCGCGCCUCCAAAGGCGGCCGAAACUGCUGUCGAGCCAGAUGAGGAUCUCUCGUUCCGUGCCAGCAGUUGCCGCACAUACAGCCGUCCGGGCCGCAAAUCGGACUCCCCGGUGGAUGGCCUGCUCGGAGACUCAAAGCUCCCACCGCAGUCGCAGAAAGAUUUGACGUGGAACCCCCAGGUGGAGGUGGCGUUUCCGAAGGCGUGCGCGAGCCGGGACCCGAUCACGCUGCCCAAUUCGUUCUUUUCGCCAACCGGCGUCACUCUGCAGGAGGUGGGAGAGCCCCCUAAGCCGUCCACCGCCACGGCUCCGCCGGUGGUGGCUGUCGACUCAGCCCUGGCCGUACGCAAGGCGAGCGCUGGUGCGGCUGGGUCCGGCGCCGGGGGUCCCGCAUCGGUGCGGGGGGGCUGCGCCGCCGCUGGGGGCGCCCGCCGGCCCUCGGGCCGUGGUGGCAGCAGCAGCAAGCGGCAGGCAAAACUGGAGAUGUUCGGCUUCGAGGACGACUCCGACGGAGAAGAGGGGGGCUCCAGUGAGGGGGCUGCCCCUUGCGCCGCCUACAAGAUCAAGUACUUUGGCUUCGACGAGAUGGUGGAGGAGGAGGGGGAGGACAUCCCCGCAGUGGAGGUGAAGGCGAGGGGAGGUGCAGGGGACUGGUGGUGCAGCAGCACCGAUGCAACCGGGGAGGCGUCGAGCACUGUGGCUACGUCGCAGGACUCGCUACAGAGCUCACAGGAGAGCACGACCUCCAGAGACACCGACAUUCUGGAAUCGGGCAGCGAGGAGGGUGCCUGGUCCGCAUGCUCCCGGAGCGGCAGCAUUGCCAAACACAACGCCGAGAGGAAGAAUGAGGACGGCAAAAAACUCAUCUUUCACAGCCCCAAGAAGCCGCUUGGGAAGGCGGUGUAUAACGCACGGCACUGGAACCAUCCCGAGGAGGAAAUGAAAGCGCCUCGGCUCGACCGCGCGUCCAGCGCCCCCGCUUCCGUGGGGCGCGAACGAGAGAGGGAGCGCGAGAAGGAGCACGAGAGGGGGGAGCGGAAAGUCCUUGGCGAGCUUGAGAGCCGGCGGGAGGGCGAUGCUCGGCCUGGCAAGGACGGGGAGAGACGCGCGGACGCCGCCUCCCCAGAGGGCAGCACGCGAAGGGGGGAGGAGAAGCAGCACCCAGCGGAGGUGACAGCUGCUCAGGGCAACGCCGAGCAGGAGGGAACGGCGCCCAGCGGCGAGACCGAGCAGGGCGAGCGAUCCGUGUUCAAGGAGCCACCGCCACCGCCGCCCGCACGCCUCCGGCGCAUUGCCUGCCCCAGCCAAGACUCUGACGAGGGUGUCUCCUCCCUCAAGUGCCACAAGGAAGACAAGGAGCUGUACACGGUGGUGCGGCAGGUAAAGCACUUCAACGAGGUACUGGAGUUCGGAGAGACACAGGAGUACACGGACGACGUCGAGUACUUGAUGAGCGGACUCAAGCCACGGCAGCCUCUUAGCACCCGCUGCCUCAGUGUGAUCAGCCUGGCCAUGAAGUGCGCAAUGCCUGGCUUCCGCAUGCACCUCCGGGCUCACGGUCAGGUGGCUAAGGUGUUCAAGCUGCUCAUUGAUGCGCAGGAGAACCAGAACUUGGCACUGUGCACGGCCGCUCUCAUGUACGUGCUGAGCCGCGACCGACUCAACAUGGACCUGGACCGCGGCUGCCUGGAGCUACUCAUCCGCCUGCUGGAGAUGGAGGGUGGCGGGGCCGGAGGGACGGCCGAGGAAGACGCGGGCGGGAGGAAGGGAGCAGUGGUGGGUGCGGGGGGGGCGGCGGCAGCUCGUGCAGCCGACAUCCGCGAGGGCGACCGACUCCGGGAGAGGAUCCGCAAGCUGUGCGAGAAGGUGCACAACCGCCACCUGGACCUGGAGAACAUGACGACAGGACACUUGGCCAUGGAGACCCUGCUUUCACUCACCUCCCGGCGCGCGGGAGACUGGUUUAAAGAGGAACUCCGCCUCCUCGGAGGGCUCGACCACAUAGUGGACAAAGUGGCGGACUGUGCCGAGAAGCUCAGAAGCGCGGACCGUGGGGCGGAGGAGAAGCUGGUGGAUUCUCUCCGGGGUGCCGAGCGGUGCCUGCGAGUCCUCGAGAGCGUGACCGUGCACAAUCCGGAGAAUCAGGGAUACCUGAUUGCGUACCAGGACUCGCAGCUCAUUGUCUCCACAGCCCGAGUUCUGGGCCUGUGCGAGGUAUUGCUGCUGCGGAAAGAGAGAGCGGAGACGAGGAAUGAAGAGGGGACCGUGAACAAUGCUGGCGCCGAGUGGAGUCCCCUGCUGAAGGCCCUCGAGGGUUGCCUGCGCGCAUCAUUUGGGGUGCUCCUCAACCUGACGCACGACAACGAGUGGGGCAGCACGAAGGCGGGCGAGCAGGACCGACUCGUGGGCUCGGUACUGGGCUGCGUGCUGCACGUGCCCUCCCUCCUGCCCGCCGAGCAGCGCUUCGACAUCCGCGUGCUGGGCCUGGCGCUGCUCGUUAACCUGGUGGAGCUGAGCGCCCGCAACCGGCAGUGUCUCGUCGCCAUGGAGACGGAGGGCGUCUCGGCUGACUCGUCGUGCAUCGCCGACACGGGGCCGGGCUGCUGUGUGCCGGCGCUGGAAGCCCUCGUGCAGCUUUACCUGCAGCGGGAACACGCAGCCCAGCUGGCCGAGACCCAAACCGACGACAUCAUCAAGGGCGCGAUGAAAACCGCCGCUUCCUCGCAACCCGGCGGAGCGGCAGCGCCCGCCGCAGAGGGGGCGACGACGUCGUCGGCGUCUCUGCCCUCGUCAACGACGACGGCCACGACGCAGCAGGAGCAGCAGCAGCAGCUGGAGCUGCAGCAGCAGCAGCAGCAGCAGACGCAGCAGCAAAAGCAGCAGCACCGUGGCAGCGACCCCGACGGAGAGUGGCACGAGUCGGAGAGUGGCCUCGAGUGGGUGGAGGCGUCGCCGGAGCCCGGGAGGACGGGCCGCCCUGGGGACAUCCGCUCGGCCAAGCAGGCGGCAGCGGCCGCCGAGGAAGAGGAGAUGGACACCCUCAAAAAAGCGCUGGCGCAGGCGGGCAAGCAUAUGGAGGACUGCAUCGUGGCGUCCUACACAGCGCUUGUGCUUGGCUGCCUGUGCCACGAGAGUCCGACGACUGUGCAGACCAUCCGCGAGUGUCUGCCCAAGGGAGACUUCUCAAGUAUGACAGAGAUGCUGCAGAAAUUCCUGUGUUUCAUGAACCUCACGAGCACCGUGGGCACGACAGGCCAGAAGUCUAUCGCACGCGUGAUCGAGUGUCUGGAGCGCUGCUAGCACCCGCCGCCGCCACUGCCACCAUUGAGCCGCCUGGCCCCCACGUGUCAUCGUCGCGCUUUUGCUUGACAUCCGCGAUUUUGAGUUUUGCGCGGUUUUCCGUCGUACCCGGUCGCUAGCGACCAACUAGAUCCAUGCUCGUGCGAGGUUCUACUCAUCUUUGCAAAGACAGGUCCAUUCUGCAUUUGUUUGGAUUCGUUUUUGGAAUGUCAAAUCUUCAUUUGCAUGUGACCUACCUGUGCAGUUGAUUUGCUUAGAGUAGACUGUGAGUGUGCAAUGUGCUGAAUUGACUAAAUUAAAAGUAAUGUGGACAGUUUUUUAAGGUGAUAUAUCUAUGAUUCUAUGUGUACAGCUAAAAAAUAAUGCAUUGUUUUUCCUUUUGAGACCUGAAAAUUGUAAGCCAUUAAAAUCUAUUCUUGUAAGCUAAAGGCGAAAUAGUCAUUCUAUCCCCAAGUUGGCAGCAGAUAUGUAAAAUGAAUCCCUUUUUAUGUAAGUACAAUUUUAAAGAAUACCAUUUGAGUUCUCCGAUUUAUAUAAAGGAAUUUGUUUAAUUAUUGCUUUACUUAUUUAAUGGACGUGUGGCUUAAAGGUAUUUAAACAGAUUUAGAAAAAUAAAAAUGCCUUUGUGAGCGCA